AUGCCCACAGCGGUCAUCAAGGUCCGCAAUCAGCGAGGAAAGUUUGUCCAAGCACGUACUCUCUUAGAUUCUUGUUCCACUGUUAAUCUUAUUUCUGAAAAUUUUGCAAAUUCAUUAAAUUUGCCUAAGCUUAGUUGUUAUGUAAAGAUUGGAGCAGUUGACAAAUUGAGCACUGUUUCAAAAUAUCACGUUAAAAUCACUUUUCAGUCAGUUUACAAUAAUUCUCAGUUUCAAUUAAAUUGUUUAAUAGUUCCUAAUAUUGCGGGAGUCGUGCCCAAUGACACCUUUCUUCGAAAUCAAUUUAAUAUACCUGGUAACAUUCAUCUGGCAGAUCCUCAAUUUCAUCUUCCGAAGCCAGUAGAUCUUCUGCUGGCGUCCAGUACAACGUUCUCAGUAUUGAACGUUGGUCAAAUAAAGCUACAUCAUCAUGAUUCCACUAUCGGUUUACAAAAAACCUUAUUAGGUUGGGUUGUUGUUGGCGGUACAAAUAACCUCGUUACUUCAACUUCAAGUGUUUGCAACGUCGUCAAACUUGACAAGCUUCUUGAACGGUUCUGGAUUAUCGAAGAUUUCGAUCACGAACCUGUCAAGUCACGAGACGAGGUUGCGUGCGAGGAACAUUAUUCCAAGCACACCUCUCGUGAUCCCAUUUCAGGUCGUUAUGUCGUCCGUUUGCCUUUCCGGGACAACAAAUUUGAUCUAGGAGGGUCUAAACUACAAGCCCUAACUCGUUUCCAUGCCCUUGAAAGGAAAUUUGAAUGUAAACCAUCCUUUAAGGAAGAGUACUCCAAGGUAAUGGAGGAAUACAUCUCUUUGGGUCACAUGGUUCUGUGCAACGAAAUCAGUCUCGAUGGUGAAUACUAUCUUCCUCAUCACGCUGUGAAUAAAGAAUCCAGCGAAACCACCAAGUUACGGGUAGUUUUCGAUGCGUCAGCCAAAACAUCGACUGAUAUUUCGUUAAAUGAUGUGCUGAUGGUUGGUCCUACCAUUCAAAACACUAUCUUCGAACAAAUCCUUCGCUUUCGCAUUCAUCCUUAUGUGAUCACUGGAGACAUUGAGAAAAUGUACCGGCAAAUCUUAGUUCAUCCAGAUGAUCGCAGAUUCCAAAAGGUUUUAUGGUAUCAUCAAGGAAAAAUUCAGUCAUUCAAACUUAAUACUGUCACCUUUGGCAUGGCUUCUGCCCCAUUUCUGGCGAUUCGCACUAUUCAGCAACUCGCUCGGGACGAAGCUCACCAGUUCCCACGUGCAAGUAAACUUCUCUUGAGAGAUUUUCAUGUCGAUGACUUCAUUUCUGGAGCCGACACUCUCGAGGAGAUAGUUGCUAUUCGAGACGAAAUGGUCACUUUGCUUCAACGAGGUGGUUUCAUCAUCAGAAAAUGGGCUUCAAACCACCCAGAUGCAUUAGAUCCCAUCGAACAAAAGAUCUUCGACCUCGACUCGGCAGUUAAAGAACGAACGGUGCAGAAAACUCUGGGAAUCGUUUGGAAUUCUCAGGAAGAUCUGUUCCAGUAUUCUUUGACUCCAGUCGAUCCUCAAACUUCAUCCACCAAAAGAAAACUUCUUUCGGAAAUAUCUAAAAUUUUUGAUCCUCUCGGAUUACUCGGACCCAUAAGCUUAUAUGCCAAAGUCUUAAUUCAAGACUGCUGGAAAGCCAAGCAACCUAUCAAAAUUGAAUUACAUGGUUUUUGUGACGCCUCUCUUCAUGGCUACGGAGCAUGUCUUUUCGUGAAAUCGACUGAUUCGCGGGAGAACACCUUGGUCAGGCUUAUCGCUAGCAAGUCCAGGGUGGCUCCCCUGAGUGGAGUUACGAUUCCGCGAUUAGAAUUAUACGCUACAUCAAUCCUGAAAAGGUUGUACGUAGAAGUCAAAAAACAACUAGACUUCUUAAUUAAUCGAAGUAUUUUAUGGUCGGAUUCGACGAUCGUCCUCUGUUGGCUAAAAAAAGCGCCUCAUCUUUUGAGAACGUUUGAAUCCAACAGAGUCGCCGAUCUUCAAUCUUUAAACAAUCAAGUCGAAUGGAGACAUGUGCAAUCCAAAGACAAUCCUGCAGACGCCCUCUCUCGAGGCCAGCUGCCAUCGGACUUUGCCGAGAACACUUUAUGGGUAUCUGGUCCAAGUUGGUUGGCUUCGGCUGAAUCCAAAUGGCCUUUUCAAAAUCCACCAUCCUCUCAAAAUUUAUCGGGGCUGCAGGAAGAAUCGUGUUUGACUAUAGCUCCUUCGUCUUCUUCUUCUACUGGUGACGACAUUCUUUCACGAUUUUCAUCGUAUGAACGGUUAGUCAGAGUUGUAGCACUCAUAUCUCGUUGGAGACAGCCUUCACGAGAUGUAGAAAAAUCCACUCCAUCACGUUCGGAUUUCAAAAAUCCUUCUGAUCGUACGAGGAAAGAAGUCGAAUGUGUCCGACCCUUGCUCACUUCUGAAAUUAUUAGUUCUGAGAACAAGAUUUUAUCGCUUGUUCAAAAACAAGGUUUUCCAACUGAAUAUCGUCAUCUAUCCGAACUCAUCAAUGGUGUACGGAAAGGUACUCCUUUCGACAAGUUAUGCCCAUUCAUUGGAACUGACAAACUAAUUCGAGUAGGAGGUCGUCUGAACAAAUCUCAGCUCCCAUAUGAUCAGAAACAUCCAAUUUUACUACCUUCUAAUCAUCAUGUGACUCAAUUGAUCAUCCGUUAA